GAGCAUCGACGGUAACCAUGACCCCCCUGCUUCUGCUGUGCGUGUCCUUGCCCCUCAUCUCGGCAACAGUGUUGUUUGAGCUUGAAAACCACGACGAAUUGGAUGGCACACUGCGUGUCAGCAUCCCAAUGGAGUUGCCUCUCCGACCUCUGCUGGGCGGCAAGGUCGUGGUGCCGUGUUACUUCCAGGACAACACGGUGAACGACCCCGGAGCCCCGACCCUCGCCCCGCUCUCCCACCGCAUCAAGUGGACCUACGUCACCAAGGAGACGGUCAAGACCAUCCUGGUGGCGUCCGAUGGAAAAGUUCAAGUGGAGACCGAGUAUUUGGACCGGGUGACGAUGAUCAACUACCCGCUGGUGUCCACCGACGCCACCCUGGAGAUAACGGAGCUGAGGUCCAAAGAUUCUGGAACCUACCGCUGCGAGGUGAUGCAGGGCAUUGAGGACAACUACGACACCGUGGACAUCCAGGUUCAGGGUAUUGUGUUCCACUACCGGGCCAUCUCCACCCGCUACACCCUGAACUUUGAGAAGGCGAAGGCCGCCUGCAUCCAGAACAGCGCUACCAUCGCCACUCCGGCCCAGCUGCAGGCCGCCUACGAUGACGGAUACCACCAGUGCGAUGCCGGAUGGCUCUCUGAUCAGACUGUCAGGUAUCCCAUCCAUGAGCCGCGGGAGCGUUGCUAUGGAGACAAGGAGGAAUUCCCCGGCGUGAGAACCUAUGGCGUGAGAGAUGUCAACGAGACCUACGACGUCUACUGUUUUGCUGAGAAACUCACAGGAAGGGUCUUCUACUCCAUGUCUGUCGAGAAGUUUACCUUCUACGAAGCAGGAGGUCAGUGCGCUAAACUCGGUGCCCGACUCGCCACCACCGGAGAGCUUUACUUGGCCUGGAAGGAUGGCAUGGACGUGUGCAACGCCGGCUGGCUGGGGGACAGGAGUGUCCGCUACCCCAUCAACAUCGCCCGGCCUCAGUGUGGAGGGGGGCUCCUGGGAGUGAGAACCGUCUACCUGUUCGCCAACCAGACCGGAUACCCUUACCCUGACUCUCGCUACGAUGCUGUCUGCUUCCAAGCUGGUGACGAUGCCGGUGCCGUGCCCUUGAGGACCACCCCUUUCCCAGACAUCAUCCGCAUGACACCCUCCCCUGGGAUGUACCCGAGGCUCACCUCCACGCCCGGGGGAGAGGAGAUCAAACGUGGGGAAGUUGACACCUUCUUCCCACUGGCCAUACCGCCCAGUGUGACGGACGUCGAUGCUGCCAUGGCUCCCACAGGUGUGGUGUUCCACUACCGACCCAUCACCGGCCGCUACUCUCUGACCUUUGUGGAGGCUCAGCAGGCCUGCCAGAGCGCCGGGGCGGUCAUCGCCAGCUCCCUGCAGCUGCAGGCGGCCUUCGAGAAAGGCCUCCACCAAUGUGACGCCGGCUGGCUCCGCGACCAGACAGUCAGGUAUCCCAUCGUGUCACCCCGAGCUAACUGUCACGGUAAUCUGCCAAACCUCCCAGGAGUCCGAUCCUAUGGCCUGAGACCAGCGAGCGAACGUUACGAUGUAUUUUGUUACGUGGAACGUCUAGGAGGUGAGGUCUUCUUCACCAGUGACUACGACAGCUUCUCCUAUGAGGAAGCUGUGCAGCACUGUCAGAAACUCAACACCACCUUGGCCACGACCGGCCAGCUGUUUGCCGCCUGGAACCAAGGGCUUGACAAGUGCCGUCCGGGCUGGCUGAUGGACCGCAGCGUCCGCUACCCGAUCACAACCCCCAGGUCUCACUGCGGAGGCGGUCAGGUCGGGGUCCAAAUUAUCUACGCAUUCCCCAACCAGACGGGAUUUCCCGAUGAGCAUUCGCGCUACGACGCCUACUGUUUCAAAGCUGAAGUUCCAGUUGUUGACUUUGAAAUUGAAAUGAGUCUGAAUAUGACAAUCGUGACGGUGGACGUCAUCAACAAGACAACGGUCAAAGUCGAUUUCUUUGCUCCCACAGUUGAAACCAUUGGACAAUACAAUGAAACUGAAAGCCAUAUCAAUAUUACUGAAAUCGAGGAGGUUAUCGAAAAGAAAACCGUCACAACUCACGGAGUUGCUCCAACGAUGAGACCCAUUUUACCUCCGGUCCAUGUUGAUGUGUCCGGCUCUGGUUCAGCUGAUCAUUCAGCCAGCGGGGAGUCCGGCGCCUCCGGCACCAGUGGUGACGCCUCCGGUUCGGGACAGAACGUCAUCUUCAGCGGAAGCACUGACGUCUUCUCCGGGGAUCAGUCCGCCUCUGGAGGUCCGCAGGAGGCAGAGGGGGGAAGUGCCGUCAUCUUCACAUCUGGCGAACCGGGUAGUGCAUCUGGAUCUGGCUCCGGAGUUGAAACUCAACUCUCUGGCUUCAGUGUGUCCGGAUCAGGUUUUAUGAGUGGAAGUGGGGACAUCAGUGGGAGUGGCGGAGACUCUGUCAUCAUCAUGGUGGAUGGGAAGAUGGAGGAGGUGUCGCAAACUCACCAAAAACCCACUGAGCAGGAGUUAGGCCAGGGAGGCAUUGAAACCAGCGGGUCUUUCUGGGAAUCAAGUACCUCCGGAUCUGGAAGUAUGUCCGGGUCCAUGUCCGGAUCCGGGUCCAUGUCUGGAUCCGGGUCCAUGUCCGGGUCUGGCUUCGGCUCCGGCUCCAUGUUCGGUUCCGGCUCUGGGUUAGGUUCCGCGUCCGGCUCCGGCUCCGUGUCCGGGUCCGACUCCAGCUCUGGUGGAUUUUCUGGCAUCUCAUUUGUCGACUACAGCGGCGUUGACCUGACAGUCCAGACAUCCGGUGAGCAGGAGGUGUCUGGAUAUCGCCCCUCUGGAUCCGGGUUCCACAGCGGCUUCCCAAGUGGCUUCCCAAGUGGCUUCCCAAGUGGUUUCCCAAGUGGUUUUCCAUCUGGUGCCUCAGGCUCUGCCUCUGGAGAUUUCAUCCUGCAUCGUGGUGAUGUCAUCUACCUAACAGACAAUCUCAUGAUGGAGGUCACCGAACCGCCACCGGUGCGCCAACCAGAGCAGGGCCGCGGGGUGGUGGAGGUCAGCGGGGAAGGAAGUGGAUCAGGGGUCCAUCAUGAAUUCAGCGGCACUUUGGACCAACGCUUGCAUUUCUCGGGAAGCGGAUCGAAGAUGACUCACGAGUACAUUUCCGGAGUCGGCCAAUCGGGACUCGGGGAGGAGACUCAGGAAAGCCGUGCGGGACCUACAGAGUACGCAGUGACUCCAGAUGCAGCCGACGCCAGCCUCGGCCAAUCGGGACUCGGGGAGGAGACCCAGGAAAGCGAUGCGGGACCGACAGAGUACGCAGUGACUCCAGAUGCAGACUACCCCAGCCCAACCACAGCGCCCUCAGUGUCCUUCGUAACCCCUGCUGUGGUGGAGCAGCCUGAAGUAGUGGCAGACCUGGUAGACCCAUGUGAUCCGAACCCCUGCGGUUCAGGAUCCUGCUCUGUGCAGGCAGAGCUCGCUGUGUGUCAGUGUCCGACUGGUUUCACUGGGAAAGACUGCUCAACACCUGUGCAGGGCUGUGCUGAGGGCUGGUUGGAGUUCAAGGGGAGCUGUUACCUCCACUUUGCUGAGAGAGACACCUGGUCUGAGGCGGAGCAACGCUGCCAGGAGGUCAACGCCCACCUGGUGAGCAUCGGCUCCCAGGAGGAGCAGCAGUUUGUCAACUCCAACGGCCAGGACUACCAGUGGAUCGGCCUCAACGACAAGGCCGUGCAGAACGAGUUCCGCUGGACAGACGGCGGUCCUCUGAACUUUGAGAACUGGAGGCCCAACCAGCCGGAUAACUACUUCAACUCCGAGGAGGACUGCGUGGUGAUGAUCUGGCACGAGGGCGGGCAGUGGAACGACGUGCCCUGCAACUACCACCUUCCCUUCACCUGCAAGACGGGACCUGUCAUGUGCGGCCCUCCCCCCGAGGUGGAGCACGGCCGACCGAUGGGCAGCGGCAGGGAGCGCUACCCGGCCGACUCUAUCGUCCGCUACCAGUGCGACGCCGGCUACACGCAGCGCCGCCUGCCGGUCAUUCGCUGCAUGCCGGACGGACAGUGGGAGGAGCCACAGGUGGAAUGUACAGAAGCCGGCGCCAACAGCAACCGGCGACACAAAAGGUCCCUCAGGAGAAGAAGUAAAGGGGUCAGCAGCAGCCAACAGGAACCGAGGAAGCUGCACUGAGCAGGAAGGGAAAGGACAUAGAACAGAGAGCCACAAAGGACCCCCCUCAAAGGACACCCCUCAAAGGACCCCCCUACGCAAAGAAGCAUGGACACCAAUGCAAAUGCCCGACCAAAAAAAAGAUAAUAUUCCCCAUCACACUGAAGAACAUUUAGAUAUUGUUAAUUGACUGAUGAUUUGGAUCUUUGAGUGUCACCCUGCACCUUUCUGAAGGCAGUUUUUUUUUUCAAUGUAAUUUAUACUGUCUAAUUUAUAGCUGUGAUUUUAGUUUUUUGGGAAGCAUUAUUAUCUCAUUGCACAUUUUAUUUUCACUGCGUUCAAAGCGAGUUUAUAGAUAAAUGAGUCGGAGGCUUUUCCAGAGUGACACACGCGGUCCACAAAUCAGCCCAAUUUAUACAAAAAAGAAAGAAAAAGUGUUUUCGAUUGCAGCUGGAUUCUCUGAGGUCAAACACAAUGUUACGCAAGCGUUUGCUAUAUUUUUAGGGUAUUUUUUUUCUCUAGAUCUUUGUUUCUCUGUAGUUUUUAUUUCUCCAACGACUUUAAUUGUGUGCUUUCAGACAGGAGGCAAAACUGUUGACCGUGACUCCCAAACCUUUUGGGUUGUGACCCCUUAAACUACAACGCGGGGAGCUAAGUCACGUUUUUUUUUUAGGGGUGGAACAGACCAUCCGUGUAUCGGUGUUUGAGAGCCGCGGUGGCAUCGGACAGACUGGCGCGAUCGUGCCGUUCCAAUCGACGGCGAACACAAGAAAUCAAAUGUUCCAGACGGGAUCAGAGUCACCUGGAUUGAAAUAAUCAGCACUCUACGCACUUUUGGGGAGUCUUCAGUCACUUCUGUGCUCAUCAUUUGAAUCCAGCGCACAUUAAACGUUAAUAACAAACAAAAUAAACAAUCCUCACCUGUAGCCGAACACGUAACCGAGGAAACGAGAGACGUCUGCGGCACGACGCGGAAUUACCUGAACACAAAAAAAAUGAUGCGCGCCCGUUUUUUUAAAUGUUCGGGGUGAAUAUUAUUAUCUUUAUUUAAAAAGGGACCAUGUACAGUUAACACAUGCAUGUCACCAUGUGAUGCACCAGAUUGUAGCGAUGCAGCUAAUUUGCAUAUGUAGUCCCUCGACAGACCAUAAUAAACAUGAAACAAUAACACACACGCGACAGGACGAGACGCACGACGACAGUUUGAGUUCGGGAUUUCUAAAGAUCGACGUUUUUUUUUUGUGUGAGAUUCAGCGAAUCUCUCCGGACGUAUUCUCUCCGGAAGAUGAGCGACGCAGAGUCACGACUAUUUGAUCGGGCGUUCGAUUCCUUCACGGUCCGCCUCCCGUUCGCCGAUUCGUUGGUUUUCAUUCCGCCGGUAGUCGGUUUUCCCGUUACGAGACGCUCGGUCGAGGAUCUUAAAACUCGAAGAAAAUAACAGAAUUCGAAGGGAGGCCGUGGAAUUAGUUUUUAAACAUGACGAAAGAGAGAAGAUGAAGAGAAGGUGGAGGUGGAGAGGUGUUGACCAUGACCUUUUAAAAAGGUCAAGAUUUGCUUUUUAACUCUGACAGCAGGUACUUGUGUCCGUAUCUGGUUUCUCACAGAACAAUAAACACACACACACACACACACACACACACACACACACACGAUUUAGAGAGCAUGCGACAGAAUGUAAAAGUUGCUCAAAGUUUGUACAUUUUGUGCACGUGAAAGGAAACGAAUGAACUGGACGUGGACGCUCCUGGUGUGUGUGUUGGAUUUUUUUUGUUUUUCCAUUAGAGCGUAAAGGACGCCGACAUUUUAGAGAGAUUAUGUGGCGGACAGUCGAGGAUGAAUCUGUGCGUCGGUGUUUUGAUUCUUCAAUAAACCGACCCAUCUCUCUUUUUACAAAUAAAAACCAAAAGAAGUGUAA